AAGGUUAUCUUCACACUCUCACAGAGCGAGAGAGAGAGAAACUGCUUGUCAAGUUCAAUGAUUAACUGCAAACAAGACUAAAAUCUUGCUUUAUAUUGCAAGACAAGCAAGACAUGUAUAGAGGCUUAAGAAUAAGACAAGAAGGACAGUCUGUUAGCUCAUAUUAAACGACACACAACUCACAUGGAGGACACUUCUACACAACCUAAGAAGAUCGAACUGAAUGAUGGCAAACACAUGCCACUGCUUGGACUUGGAACAUGGAAGUCAGAGAGCUCUGGUACAGACAUGUGUCAGCGGGCAGCCGAGGCAGCGAUCGCUGCUGGAUUUCGGCACAUCGAUACAGCAUACAGCUAUGGGAAUGAAGCAGAACUGGGCAAAGCCAUCCGCUCCAUGAUACAGCAGGGCAUCAUCAGACGCCAGGACAUGUUCAUAGUCAGUAAACUGUGGUGUACCCAUCAUGCACCUGAGGACAUUCCUCUGUGCCUAAGCAGAUCACUACAGGACCUUCAGCUGGAGUAUUUGGACUUGUAUCUAAUGCACUUUCCUGUAGGACUUAAGAAAAUGGGCGAUGAGCUUUUUCCAGAAAAGAAUGGAGAGAUACUCACAACUGACAUUGACUAUGUAGAUGUGUGGAAGGGAAUGGAGGCUUUAAAAGCCACAGCAAAGGUGAAAAGUAUCGGUGUGUCUAACUUCACAAUCGAGCAGCUUGAGAGAUUGCUGUCCGUGGCCAAAAUCCCACCUGCUGUCAAUCAGGUGGAGCUUCAUCCUUACCUGCUUCAAUCUGAUCUGAUCGACUUCUGCAAAUCCAAGAACAUUGCUCUCACCGCAUACAGUCCAUUCGGUUCACCUGGGAGGCCUCCAGAAUACCAAAGAGGAGACGUAGACCCCCAAAAGUUACUGGAGGAUCCGGUUGUCGGGGAUGUGGCGAAGAAACACGGACGAACUCCCGCACAGGUUUUGUUGAGAUAUCACAUCGAGCAGGGCAUAGCAGUCAUCCCAAAGAGCACAAAACCUCACCACAUUUUGGAGAACACUAAAAUCUUUGAUUUUACUCUGGAUGAAGAGGACAUGAAGACUCUCAGGUCUCUAAAUCGUGGCUGGAAGGCUUGUGUCAUACCAAAAAACACAGGAAAAGGCAUGACAAAACUCAAAGCUAUCAGCUAACUGGGUUGUUGUUUCGUCUCAGUCUGGAAUCACAUCCGUUCUACCCCUUCAAGUGAAUUGCUGCUGGACUUUAAUGGCAUAACUCAUCCCGUCCAGAACAAUGAUCAAGCACAUCUGAAGACACAAGAGACAACCCUGCUUGUUCACCUCUUCUUGCGUGAAUUGCUGAAAUGUGAUUUUUUUUGCCACUGAAAUUUUCAAUAAAUAAAAUUUAUUAUAAACGAACAAACACA